AUGGUCGAAGUGAUCAAUCAACCCGCGAUUCAUAAACUUCCCUGGGACCCCGUAUGCAGGUUUAGGCCAGCUGGUCCUGGUGAACUAGAACCAUGCAAGGUCAGGUCGGUGCAGGAUCUAGUUAUCCCUGGUAUUCCUCCUGUCAAAGUGCGUGUCUUCAAUCCACCUGGGGAACAGCCCGAAGGCGGAUGGCCGGUACUGGUGUAUUGUCACGGAGGGGUUGGGGCGUGCCUUACGGCAGAAUGUCUUGUAGUUUCGGUUGACUAUCGACUUGCACCGGAGCAUAUAUUUCCUGCGGCAGUUGACGACUCUUGGGCUGCGAUGGAAUGGGUUUACGAACGUGGACCACCUGAAUCAGGUAUCAACCGCUCGAAAAUUGCCGUUGGAGGGUCAUCUGCCGGCAGUAAUCUUAGUGCUGUAAUGGCCCAGCGAGCGGCCCGGCGCUCUCCUCCUAUCCCGAUCAUAUACCAGGUGCUAAUUGUACCGGCAACCAACAAUACCGUGCAACAGGACGGCUCGUCUCAGCUCCCAGCUUACCAUGAAUCAUGA